AUGGGAGCCAAACAGAUGAAAUGCCUCAGUUCAGCCAGCCCUGCACACUCCCCUAAAGAAGAGUACAUCAUCGCUCAGUCCACAGACACUCCUAAAGAAGCAUUUAUCUCAGCUCAAUCUGAAGACCACGCCGAGCCUGGGGAUGACAAAUCAGAGUUGACGGAAAGGAAAUCUGAUACAGAAGAGGUGUUGUCUCUCUGUGGCCUGUGUCCUGCCCCAGGGCAUGGUGGGCCAGAGGAGGAGAGAUCAUGGGAGGAGCAGCUGGAGUGUCACCAGGAGCAGCUGGAAAAGGAGAUGCAGGAGGCCAGGAGGAUGGUGUUCCGCCUGCAGGCUCUACUGCUGCACGGCUCUCUCCCUGAGGACGAGCAGGACGUCUCCCUGGGCUUCGGGGAUUGCAGGGCUAACUCUGAGCAGCAGCUGGUUCUAAUCCGCAGUCGUCUGGACCAAAGCAUGGAGGAGGCUCUUGAUCUGAAGAGGGAGCUUCUAAGGCACAAGCAAGAGGCACGCCACCUUCAGGCUAUUAAGGAUGCUCUUCAGCAGCGUAUGUCUGUACAGGAGGCUGCGGUGCUGCAGCUGAAGCAGGAGCUACUGAGGUGCAGCAUGGGCAAAGAGCAACUGGAGGGGGAGAACGCAGAGCUCAAGCGGAAGUUGAGCGAUCGGAACAAACUACUCAAUGAGUAUGAGCAACUUGGAAAAAAGGAUAGACUACUUCAGCAACAGCAAAUGAAACUGGACGAUGCUCGGCACAACUCUAAUGAAGGAAGCCACAGGUCAUCUAGGAGUGAAAAGAGUGGGUACAGUAACUCUGUGAGCCCACCCCCUGGUCCGGCCUUCCAACACACAGCUCAGGGAGAGGAACUGCAGCUGGUGAGGGAGGCCCUGCGUAGUCUGAGAGAUGGUUUCUCAGGUCACGACCCUCAGCAUCACACCCUGGACACACUGGAGCAAGGGGUGGCCAGUCUCAUGGACCGCCUAUACACACUCGACACACGCCGCAGGCAGCAGGACAGAGGGGUACACACACACACACAACAAUUCACACAGAAGACCACAGAGGGUCCAUACAAAUCACCAGGACGAAGAGCCAACCCCACAGACAGGGACUCAUGGCCACCCAGCUCAAAAAUAGCUCACUCCCACAGUAGUCCUGGCCUGGACUCCACAGUCUCCACUAAAGUCCUCUACUUCACUGAUCGUUCACUCACUCCCUUCCUGGUCAACAUCUCCAAAAGGCUGGGGGAGGUGACUCUGAGAGACUUCAAGGCAGCGGUGGACCGCCAGGGUAGCUUCAGGUACCACUUCAAAGCCCUCGACCCAGAGUUUGGGACUGUGAAGGAGGAGGUGUUCCAGGACGGAGCCCUGGUGCCUGGCUGGGAGGGGAAGAUAGUGGCCUGGGUGGAGGAGGACCAUGGAGAGAGACGGUAGAACUGGGAACCAACCAACCAUAGAGGGAACCACUAGCCUCAAACUGUGACCACUGGAAUAUGAUGUCAUAACACACUCUCAGUAUUCUCAGCAGCCCUGCAGAGGUAGUUAUUAAAACAAUUGGGACCAAUCUAUUUAUUACUGUUUCGAGAUAAAACCAUACUUUCAAAAAUGGCUCUGUCCUAUGGACAUUUGACUUACAGUAACUGUUUGAAGUACAAGUUGUUGCCAAAUAUGAA